GUGUGCCUGUGGUUGUAUCCUCACUGUGGGUGUGUGCUCUUUAAGAACGGCCUUUUCUCUCAAACUGGCAUCAGUCACACUUGGGACCAGGCUGGUGAUACAUCUCUCUUCAUCUGAUUUACGUGAAGUCUACUAAGCAUGGCUCGUCUGGAUUCUGCCAUCAUCUCCAUUGUUGAGGUAUUUAUGGAGUAUGCUGAUGACGAAGGCAAAAAAGGUCAGUUAAACAAGGAAGAGCUGAAGAGAGUGUUGGAAAAAGAAAUACAAAAUCCCGAGCUAAAAGACAAAAUCAGUGCAGGGGACAUUGAAGAGGCCAUGGAGUUGCUGGACAAGAACCAUGAUGGUGAGGUGAACUUCCGAGAGUUUUGCAAGUGUGUGUGUGUCCUGGCCAAAUGCUACUACCAGUCAAAGAGAGGCAAGGGUGGCAAGAAAUCCAAGGGCAAAGAAGACCAAGAAGACUGAAACAGAUGAGCUACUAACAAUUUUAAAUGUUUGUUCCCUCAUUCUGUAUUUAAUACAUAUGGUAUAGAUAUAUAAAUAUAUGUGACUUACCAUGACAGGAAAAUCUACUGGUUAGAUGUUAUAUGUUGUGUGACUUUGUUCUAUCAGUUGGUUUUCAAACUGUUCAUUUGGCACUGGAAAAUAAAAUCUGUGUGAUUCCA